AGCAGAAGCAGCGUGAGCUCAAAGGCAGCUGACAAACUUCCACUGCCACAGUGCAGCUACCCCAGGGCUGCACACAGCAUGGCCUGGCUAGAACAGUCAUGUUCCUCCAGCUGGGAACUGCUCUGGGUUGAGGAGACCUUCUGGAGUGCUUGUAAGACUGACUGCAGCUCUCCAGAGAGAGCAGCUAGGGAAGCUUUAAAGAGUUUUAAAGGAGUCUCCAAGAUGGACACCACAGCAAAGAGCCCCCUGGCUGUUCCUCCACUUGGUUUUAGUCCGGACUCAAAUGCCACACUUGUGCCUUUCAACGAGACCGCCUGUGAAAACUGGAAAGAGAUCCAUCACCUUGUGUUCCACGUGGCAAACAUUUGCUUUGCAGCUGGCCUGGUUAUUCCAACCACCCUGAACCUUCACAUGAUUUUUCUGCGGGGGCUGCUGACCAUAGGGUGUGCAUUGUUCAUCAUUUGGGCUACGCUCUACCGCUGUGCCUUGGACAUCAUGAUCUGGAACUCUGUGUUUUUGGUGGUCAACCUCUUGCAUUUCAUCUACCUGGUGUACAAAAGAAGGCCAAUCAAGAUAGAGAAGGAACUGAGCAGCCUCUACAAGAGAAUGUUUGAACCUCUCCAUGUGCCUCCAGAGCUCUUCCAGAGACUAACUGGACAAUUCUGCAACAUUCAGACUUUAAAGCCAGGUCAAGCCUAUGCUGCAGAAGAUAAAACCUCAGUUGAUGAUAGGCUAAGCAUCCUCCUGAAGGGGAAAAUGAAGGUGUCUUAUCGAGGGCAUUUCCUGCACAAUAUCUACCCCUGUGCCUUUAUAGAUUCUCCUGAAUUCCGCUCCACACAGAUGAACCGGGGAGAGAAAUUCCAGGUCACCAUCAUUGCAGAUGAUAACUGCAAGUUCCUGUGCUGGUCCAGGGAAAGGCUGACCUAUUUCUUGGAAUCUGAGCCAUUCCUCUACGAGAUCUUUAAGUACCUGAUUGGCAAAGACAUUACCAAUAAACUCUACUCAUUGAACGACCCAACCUUAAAUGACAAGGCUUCAAAAAAGACUGACCGGCAGCCCAGCCUUUGCUCGCAGCUCUCGGUGAUGCAGAUGAGGAACAGCAUGGCCAGCACCAGUGACAGUGAGGAUGGCCUGCAGAUGUUCCUCCGUGGGACUUCCUCUGCUUCUUCUCUUCUGACAGGUCCAGCAGAGCACCUUCCCUAGCUGGCUCAUCCAUCACUUGUGUGAAGAAACUGCCUGCUGCACUCUCCAGAACCCUCCCGGACUGCCUGCUCCCAGCCCUGUUGCCUUCCCACCAGACGUGGGGUGGGUAGAGCUCCCCACCAGCGCCAGUGCCUGCCCUCGUGGGGCUUCAGCCAGUUGGAUAAAGAAGCCUUCCAGCUCCUUGCUCUUCUGAUCAGGCAGCCUGUAGCAGAUACCUGCCACGAAGUCUCCUGCCUUGGUCUGUUCUCUGGUCUUUACCUGUGUGCUCUCGACUGGCUUUCCACCUGUCCCACAGCAAAGCUCCAUGAAGCUGAAGCCUCUCCUUGGUGUGGAGAGCCCUGAAGGAAACUGUGAAACUGUGCUUGUGCCAUCAGCUAGCAUUAGAAUUGUCUUUCAGACUUAGCAGCAGAGCACAGCAGUGCUUCAGCCUGGGGAGAAGGUGAUCUAAGUGCAGGACUUGUUCAGCUGAGGACAUCAGUCCCUGCGACGUGGCCAUGCUCAGCACCAUCUUCACAAAUACACUUCUCUGUUGUACUUCU